CUCACUAUUCCCACUCACUUUCGCAAAAACAAAACGCACUCUUCGCAAUCUCUUUCUCUUUCCUCAACUCCGCGGCUUAGAUCUGAGGAGUUUGGGAAACCCUAACCGCCUCUCUCCGAUAACACUCUCCGCCUCCGCUCUCUUCUCCGAUCAACCACCGCUUCCAUCACCGUCAGUAUGGCUGGACUCGCACCGGAAGGCUCGCAGUUUGAUGCAAAGCAUUAUGAUACCAAGAUGAGUGAAUUGCUUACUACUGAAGGACAGGACUUCUUCACCUCCUAUGAUGAGGUUUAUGAGAGUUUUGAUGCUAUGGGCCUUCAAGAGAACUUGCUGAGAGGCAUUUAUGCAUAUGGUUUUGAGAAGCCCUCAGCUAUUCAGCAAAGAGGAAUAGUUCCAUUCUGCAAGGGACUUGAUGUUAUACAACAGGCUCAGUCUGGAACUGGGAAAACAGCAACUUUCUGUUCUGGGAUUUUGCAGCAACUUGACUACAGUUUGACUGAAUGCCAAGCCUUGGUUCUAGCACCAACUCGGGAGCUUGCUCAGCAGAUUGAGAAAGUUAUGCGAGCACUUGGAGACUAUCUAGGUGUCAAGGUGCAUGCUUGUGUUGGAGGUACCAGUGUUCGUGAAGACCAACGCAUUCUAUCAAGCGGUGUUCAUGUUGUUGUUGGUACUCCUGGUCGUGUAUUUGAUAUGCUUCGCAGGCAGUCACUUCGACCAGAUAACAUCAAGAUGUUUGUAUUGGAUGAGGCUGAUGAAAUGCUUUCACGUGGUUUUAAAGAUCAGAUCUACGAUAUAUUCCAACUGCUGCCAUCCAAGAUUCAAGUUGGAGUUUUCUCUGCUACAAUGCCUCCUGAGGCUCUUGAAAUCACCAGGAAGUUUAUGAACAAACCUGUAAGGAUCCUUGUGAAGCGUGAUGAGCUCACCUUGGAGGGUAUUAAGCAGUUUUACGUCAAUGUUGAAAGAGAGGAAUGGAAGCUCGAUACACUCUGUGAUCUUUAUGAGACAUUGGCAAUCACUCAGAGUGUCAUUUUUGUGAACACCAGAAGGAAGGUUGAUUGGCUGACUGACAAGAUGCGAAGCAGAGACCACACAGUCUCGGCAACCCAUGGAGACAUGGACCAGAAUACCAGAGAUAUUAUUAUGCGAGAAUUCCGUUCUGGGUCUUCCCGUGUUUUAAUCACUACUGAUCUUUUGGCUCGUGGUAUUGAUGUGCAGCAAGUAUCUUUGGUUAUAAAUUAUGAUCUCCCAACACAGCCUGAGAACUAUCUCCAUCGUAUUGGUCGUAGUGGAAGGUUUGGGAGGAAAGGUGUUGCCAUCAACUUUGUCACAAAGGAUGAUGAAAGAAUGCUGUUUGACAUCCAGAAGUUCUACAAUGUGGUAGUUGAGGAGCUGCCUUCAAAUAUUGCUGAACUACUUUGAGGUGUUAGUCUUCAAACAUAAUUAGUGGAAAGUUGGUUUCUGAGGUACUGAAUGCAAUUGAUGGCACUCUGUUAUGAACGUUGACUGGGGGCAGUUAACUUAAUUUUUGAGUAUUCUGAUGUUUAAAAUCGUGUUGGCUACUCUUUGACCAGCUUUACAACAUUUUUGUGUGAUUAUCGGCAAUGCUAGCUUAGUACCCCCUUAUUUUUCAUUGUUUUUUGAAGUCAAUGUUUCAAAAAGUGAUCAAGAUGUGGAGUCUAUUUAAUGUUUGUUGACAUUGUUGUUGUUUUGUGUUAGUGACGGUUAUUUUGGUUACUAUUAUGUCUAGUAGCAUUGAAGAUGUCUCCUUUGUUCUCUCA